AACGAUAUUUUAAAACCACGCCCCUAGCAACGAGUUUCGCGUACAAAGGUCGGAAGUUGAUUAUUGUUGAUAGAGAAAGGAAUAUUAUGUAAUUGACAAUAAGUUGUCCCACUAUGGCAGCGGUAGCUGUUGACCAACAAGCGAUUGACGAUCCAUGGAGGAAUGCAGCUGCAAAACGGACUGCAGCCAUGCCGAAACAUUCAUUAUUUGGAACAGCAUUAGAAGUUUAUGACCAGGAAGAUAUUGAGAGUAUUAAAAGAAUCGAUCCAAAAGAACACCAAAAACUUUUAUUGGAGCGAAGAAAGAAGGAUAAACUUAAAUUACCGGACUCCCUCCGAUCACAAUUAUUGUCAGGAUCGGAUGAGUAUGUUGCAAAGAACCGAGCUGAAUACGAAAAAUUAAAAGCUCUGUUUAACAAAACAGAUAAUUCCAUCAGAGAGGCUGAACGAGACGCACUGUCAUUCAGAGGAAACCAAACAUAUACUAAUAAAAGCAGUCGUCUUUCCGAGGAAGCAGCACAACUUGCUAGGCGAAUGAAUAGAGUCGGCCUAAACGAGAGAAGUAGCUAUAACUAUGAUAAAUAUGGUAAAGAGAGAAAACUGCCAGCUCAUCAGUACAGUCUUAUAGGGGAUAUUCUCCGACCAGGGAAUGAUUUCGCUGCUCGUAGAGAAAAGACCGACAUUCCUAUUAGAUCUCAAAACACAAACAAUAACAUGCUUCAAACGUGCAUAGGGAGACAACCUUCAGCAAGGGGUGAAAAUAGUCCAAGAGCCGCAAUCGACAUCCCGCCAAAUAUUAAACAUCAAUACGGUACUAGAGUAUGUGACAAUUUAUUAUCUGAUGAAAAAGUAGUCAAACAAACUUUAGAAGAACAGGCUAAAAGUAGAGCCUCUGGUAAGAAGAAAGACCGGGUGUCCAUUACUGCUUUAGAAAAACAAUUAAAACCAGAAUAUGAACAACUCGGAAACUUUAUGCGUCAAAAUGUGUUCCCCGGUUAUACCAUAGACCACCAUACGUCCACAACCAAAUCCGUAUAUACAGACGAUGUGCAUUUAAAUCGAAACCCAGACCCGGAUAAAUGGAGGUAUCAGAGAGACGAACUAAGUACAUGGGCAGAGCACAAUGUCAUCAAUACCCGGAUGAAGAAAGCUUGGGAAGCUUACUUCGUGGAGACGGUUGCAAACAAGAAGAAAGCUUAAGAACAGUAUUAAACUUAGUAGCACUUUUGUAGUUUAGCUUUAUUAUGUAUUUAUACUCUGAACAUUUAUUUAUUGGACAAUUGGAUUGUUUGAUGUUAAGUCCAUAUUUCACUCCAUCAUACAGGUUCCUGGUCUGAACACAACAUUCUGAGAGAUCGAAUGAAGAAGAGUUGGGAACAGUAUCUAGGAUCACAACCAAAAGCUCAAGUUAACUGGGAUAGGAAUGCCAAAGCGCCACCUAAGCCGAUUCUAAAGGACCCUGAAAAACCAAAGAAACCACCACAAAAGCCAAAGAAUACUAAACCAAAAGAAAAUAAGCCGAAAGAUUCAGAAUUUGCAGACAUUAAGUUUGUUACUCCCCCUGUUACCCCUCCUCCUGAAAAAGUAAAACUGGCGCCUAAAACUGGCAAGGAUAGUGAAUUCUGGGAUUAUUAUGAAAAGGGCGGGAAGCAAUAAUGAACAGAAAAACUAGGGAUUCUAAAUUGAACAAGCAGUAUUUUAUAAAGUGGGGUCAAACUAAGAUAUGGCAUUUUAUUUAGACAAUAUUUUUUUCAAAUGUCAAAUCAUGCGAAUUAAAUUUCUACAUUCAUCAUAUUAUAAAUUAUCGACUAAUGCUUGUUAGAUUAUGUACUUGUAAUGUGACUGCAUUAAAUUAAAAAAAUCAG